UGUAGCUCUGAGUCGGUCAGCGAUGCCCUUCGGCCUCAUGCGUAGAGAGCUGGCGUGCGAGGGAUACCCCAUCGAGCUGCGCUGCCCUGGCAGUGAUGUCAUCAUGAUUGAGACGGCCAACUACGGCCGCACGGACGACAAGAUCUGUGACGCUGACCCCUUCCAAAUGGAGAACGUGCAGUGUUACCUGCCUGACGCCUUCAAGAUCAUGUCACAGAGGUGUAAUAACCGUACCCAGUGUGUGGUGGUGGCAGGGUCCGAUGUGUUCCCAGACCCCUGCCCAGGGACCUACAAGUACCUGGAGAUACAGUACGAGUGUGUCCCCUACAUCUUUGUGUGUCCGGGCACACUGCUGCGUGUACAGGCGGCCAGCUCACUGCAGGAGGCGGAGCAUCAGUCAGGGGCGUGGUGUAAGGACCCCCUGCAGUCAGGUGACCGGCUCUAUGUCAUGCCUUGGACUCCCUACCGCACCGACAUGCUGUAUGAGUACGCCUCCUGGGAGGACUUCAGACAGAACCGCGCCACCACCACCUACAAGUUGCCGAACCGUGUUGAUGGCACAGGCUUCGUGGUAUACGACGGCGCCGUGUUCUACAAUAAGGAGCGCACACGCAACAUGGUCAAGUAUGACCUGCGCACACGCAUCAAGAGCGGCGAGGCCAUUAUCGCCAACGCCAACUACCAUGACACAUCGCCCUACCGCUGGGGUGGGAAGAGCGAUAUCGACCUGGCAGUGGACGAGAACGGGCUUUGGGUCAUCUACGCCACAGAGUCCAACAACGGACGACUGGUGGUCAGCCAGGUGAACCCAUACACCCUGCGCUUCGAGGGCACCUGGGAGACCAGCUUCGACAAGAGGCUGGCGUCCAACGCCUUCAUGGCAUGCGGCGUGCUCUACGCCGUGCGCAGUGUCUAUCAGGACGACGACAGCGAGGCCGGCGGGGAUCUGAUCCUUUACGCCUACAACACAAACCGUGCCCGGGAGGAGCCCGUCCACAUCCCCUUCCCUAACCCCUACCAGUACGUCUCCUCUGUGGACUAUAACCCCAGAGACAACCAGCUCUACAUCUGGAACAACUAUAAUGUUCUGAGAUACCCGCUGGAGUUCGGACCACCGGACCCCACCACUGGCCCUCUGAUGACCACUCAGGUGACCAGCACCACUCCAGCCCGACCUUUCACCUCCAGUUCUAGCCCUGCUACCACCCGCCCCCUGGCCCCCACCUCUCACCCCAUUGGUGCUAUCAACAAGGGCCCUGACCUACGGCCAAUCACAGCCACCGUACCAGUCACCAGGCGGCCUCCCCGCCCACCCGUCCAGGGCCCGGAGCCCCAGGUGUGUGAGUCCAGAGUGGCCAGAGGGGUGCAGUGGCCCUCCACCCAGAGAGGAGAGACUGUGGACCGUCCCUGUCCUAAAGGAUCACUAGGCAUCGCCUCGUUCCAGUGCUUGGUGGCUCCGGUCAUGUGGAACCCUCGGGGCCCUGACCUCAGUAACUGCACCUCUCCCUGGGUCAACCAGGUAGCCCAGAAGAUAAAGAGUGGUGAGAAUGCUGCCAACAUUGCUGGGGAGUUGGUGAACCACACACGGGGGCGGAUCCACGCUGGUGAUGUCAGCUCGUCAGUGCGUCUGAUGGAACAGCUGCUGGACAUACUGGAUGCCCAGCUUCAGGCCCUGCGGCCCGGCAACAAGGAGUCAGCCGCACGCAACUACAACAAGCUCCAGAAGAGAGAGAGGACCUGUCGGGCUUACAUCCAGGCGGUAGUGCAGACAGUUGACAACCUGCUGCGUACAGAGGCCCUGGAGUCGUGGCAGGACAUGAACACUACGGAGCAGGCCCACACCGCCACCAUGCUAUUGGACGUCCUGGAGAAAGGAGCCUUCCUAUUGGCCAACAACAUGUACGGCAACCGCUUCACCGACCGGGCCCCCAAUAUCGAUCUGGAGGUGCACGUGUUGAACACAGAGAUGGACCUUCAGGACCUGUCCUUUCCUCAGAACUACGUGAGCGACAGCACCAUCCAGCUCUCCGCCUCCACCAUCAAACAGUACAGCCGCAAUGGCCAAGUCAAGGUAGUGUUUGUUCUUUAUAAGAACUUGGGCUCCUUCCUGUCUACGGAGAACGCCACGGUGAAGAUGGAGCUGGAGGCGGCACCAGGGGAGCGGGGAUUGGCGGUCAACUCCCACGUCAUCGCCGCCUCCAUCAAUAAAGAGUCCAGCAGAGUGUUCCUCACUGAGCCGGUGGUGUUCACACUCAAACACUUACAGUUGGAGAACCACUAUAGUCCCAACUGUUCGUUCUGGAAUUACUCUGAGCGGUCGAUGACAGGCCAGUGGUCGUCUCAGGGCUGUAGACUGCUGGACACCAACAGCACACACACCACCUGCUCCUGUUCCCACCUCACCAACUUUGCUGUGCUCAUGGCUCACCACCAGCCUGAUUACCCUGGGAGGAUGCACGAGUUGAUCCUGUUUGUGAUCACCUGGGUGGGCAUAGUGAUCAGCUUGGUGUGCCUGGCUAUCUGCAUCUCUACCUUUUGCUUCCUGAGGGGCCUGCAGACCGACCGCAACACCAUCCACAAGAACCUCUGCAUCAACCUCUUCAUCGCAGAGCUCCUCUUCCUUAUCGGCAUCGACAAGACCCAGUACCACAUUGCCUGUCCGAUCUUUGCUGGGCUGCUUCACUUCUUCUUCCUGGCUGCAUUCUCCUGGAUGUGUCUGGAGGGGGUGCAGCUCUAUCUGUUGCUGGUGGAGGUGUUUGAGAGCGAGUACUCCCGCAAGAAGUACUACUACCUGUGUGGCUACUGCUUCCCAGCUCUGGUGGUGGGCAUCUCGGCAGCCAUAGACUACCGGAGCUAUGGGACCAAGAAAGCGUGCUGGUUGCGGGUGGAUAACUACUUCAUCUGGAGCUUCAUUGGCCCUGUUUCUUUUGUUAUUAUGCUGAACCUGGUGUUCCUCAUGAUCACCGUGCACAAGAUGACCCGCAACUCCUCUGCCCUAAAACCUGACUCCAGUCGCCUCGACAACAUCAAGUCAUGGGCUAUUGGGGCCAUCGCCCUGCUCUUCCUGCUAGGUCUGACCUGGUCCUUCGGCCUCCUCUUCAUCAAUGAGAACACGGUCAUCAUGGCCUACCUCUUCACCACCUUCAACGCCUUCCAGGGCAUGUUCAUCUUCAUCUUCCACUGCGCUCUGCAGAAAAAGGUGCAUAAGGAAUACAGUAAGUGUCUGCGUCACUCGUACUGCUGCAGCCGUACCUCCACCACCAGCUCCCACGGCUCCCUGAAGAACUCUGCCCUGCGUGCCAACAACCGCUACUACACUGGCAACCAGGCCCGCCACGCUGCCGCACACAGACAGAGUCGGAUCCGCAGGAUGUGGAACGACACGGUUCGGAAGCAGACGGAAUCUUCCUUCAUGGCGGGAGACAUCAACAGUACUCCUUCACUCAACCGUGCCACCAUGGGAAACCACCUCCUGACCAACCCAGUGUUACAGACCCGUACCGGCACCUCUCCCUACAACACCCUACUAGCUGAGAGCUUCACUCCCCCUUCUCCUGGGGUCUUCAACUCCACCGGAACCUUCCGUGACCCAAAGAACAUUCUGUGUAAGGCCCGUGAACCAUGUGGUAUGGACACCCUGCCCCUCAAUGGUAACUUCAACAACAGCUACUCCCUCCGCAGCGUGGGGCCGGUGGGCGGUGGCGGCGGCAGCUGUGACUUCCUGGGCGGGGGCAUGGGGUGUGCAGACACCCCCCCUCCCCUCAACCCCCGCGGGUCUGAAACCCUGGGCGGGGAUGGAAUACGGCGCAACCUGUCUGACGCAGCUGCCUUCGAGAAGAUGAUCAUCUCUGAGCUGGUGCACAACAACCUGCGUGGGGCAGGAGCUGGGGGCGGGGAUAGGGUCUGUGGUAGUCUGGCGAGGGGCCCUCCUCACGGCGGAGUAGGCCGAGGCACGGGAGUAGCUGUGCCAGAGCCGAGCAUCAGCCUGGACGACGACGAGGACUUCCUGUCCAGAGAAGGCGGGGGCCAGAGGACGCCGCAGGACAUGGAGCUGCUCUACAAAGCCCUGGAGGAGCCGCUGCUGUUGCAGAGAGCCCAGUCUGUCCUUUACCAGUCUGACCCCGAGGAGUCAGAGAGCUACACGGCCGACCUCACAGAGAGCCUGGGCCACAGCGGCCACAGUGGGCACAGCGCCGGAGGCCAGGGGUCUGGGGGACAGGGCCCUGACUCUCCCGCCAGGGACUCCCUGUACACCAGCAUCACCAACCUGCGAGACUCGCCCUACCCGGACAGUAGCCCCGAGCCCCUGGAGGUGGUGCCCCGCUCGGCCCAGCCCCCUGAGGAGCUCUAUUACAGCUCUGGGAGGCCCGCCCUGGGGUCUCGAGGAGCACCCAUGCAGACCUUCUACCAGGCCCCGCCCCCCAGGAGGCCCAGUAGGGAGGGGGAGGGGCACCCCGGCCAGGAGCCCACCCACAGCGAGGGAGACGGACAGAUGCAGCUGGUCACCAGCCUGUGACUGGAACCGGGAGGAUGCGGACGGGGACCAAGAUGAUGAGGAUGAGGAUGAAGGCUGGCUGGUUGCCUCCUCAGAACCCGCCUCUCUCUCUUUCUCUCGCUCCUCUCCACUUCCUGCUUGAUUGGUUGCCUUUUUUUCCCUCUUUAUUUGUAUUGAAAGAUGAGCGAGCAAAUGUACAUUUAAGGGGAGUUUCAGCUGUCUCCACGGCAACAGUCUUAUCCUAGAGAACCUCCGCUGUCUGGUGGAGUGAUGGCUGAGUUGUUCUUCUCUGGAACAUUCACCCGCUCUCUCCUUCUCUCUCUUCAACAUCCCCCUUUCUCUUGGCACGCAGCAGACAGAUGCCAAGUCCAGCACUCUGAAUGUACCAAUCCAACAAACCCCUUAUACCUUACUCCUACAGAGCUACAGAUAUUUCUCAACUUAACUUUGUUCAAAGUCCAUUUUAUUUCAUUUCACUGAAUUUCUACAAACAUUCCUCUCGAGAAAUUGGUCUCAUUUUCUAGUUCCCUUUUCUCUUUCCCUUUUUCAUGUUCCAUCUCUCUUUUUGUUCACUCAUCAUUUGCUCGGCGUAGUUAGCUGUGGAGACAGGGGAUAUACUGUAGUAGCCUAUUAUACCAUAGGAAAAAAAUCUCUGAAAGCUACUUCAGUCUUGCCAAAAAUACAUUUUCCCAGCCAGAACAGAAACUGGAGCAUUCGCACACACACACGCUCACUCACUCACAGAAGUGCUUGUUUCUGAACAUCAGACGCAACCCUCCAUCUGAGUAAAAAGAAGCCAGAACAAUUGUUCAGACAAAGGCAGUUGGAGCUGACUAAGAGUAGUUGCCUUUAUUUUAUCUUGCUAUGAACUGACUCUUAUGUACAGAACUAGAGGAGAGACUGAGGAAGUAGGAAGUACACCACAGGACAGGAAGGCUGUUUGAGGGGUCAAGGGUCAGGGGUCAAGAGGUAGAUCUUUAGGACUCGAGGAACGGACAAGGACUUUUUUUUAAAUUUGGGCUUUUUUGUUAUUUUCUUCAGACAUUUGAAAAGUAAAAGACUGCUUUACUAACUUUGAAGAAGAAUAUGUUAUCUUGGUGACUUUCUGUUGCAUCACCCGGAGGGUUAUUAAGGGACAGGUUGUGUCCCUUUAAGAAAGGAUGCCCUCUUCAAUGGAUGUGUCCACGUCACCUAUGUGUGGUUGUGACAGAAUGGACUCUAAAUGUUGGAACCACUUCAGCCGUUACGCAAGUCUAACCCUGUACAUAUGAACCACACAAACUACAGUACUUACUCUACUCCUACCGUGUAAAUACAGAAACCAGAUGAAGAAAAGCAACAAAAAAGUAAGAAAUACUAAAAACUGACUUCUUGUACUGCAACAAAACAACAAAAGAAAAAAAGAAAAUGUUUUGGAGUUUGUGACCUGAAUGAUGCACUCUAUCUCUCUGCCCGUCUUUAUCUUGCUCUCUCACUGUCGUUCUCUUGAGUCAUAACUAGUGCUGUGCCAUUCAGUGAAAAUCUCUCGAACAGAAAAACAGAGAGAGAGAAAGAGUAUGAUGGGUGGUAGAUUUUGCAUACAAAUAAAAACGUUGAAAAAAAAGUCCUGGCACAAUUUUAUGUAAUAUAAUCCAUUACAUGUUGUUAAUGUUUGACCUUUGACAUUCCCAGACAGGAAGUGC